CCAAAGUCGGCAGUAGUGGGGCAGAAAUCUGUACGUAACCGAACCAUUUUCAGGCUAUGUACUAUGGGCAGUUUUAGAUGGUCAAAUUCAGAACGCUUUUAGAAGGAUGUAUGUGUGCGCAUGCACAAAGGAAUCAGACUGGUCAUAUUUAACUUUGAACAUUUGUCAUAUCGAAGUGUAAACCUACCUUAUACAAAAGACAGUUCCUAGUUUGCAUUGGUCUGAUCGGCCAUAACUGAACGUCCUGUGACCCAUCUUCUCCCAUGUAAUGUCCUGGUCAUCGUCAACAACGAUGGACGAACAUUAUUAUAUUGUUAUAUACUAUAAUGGCAUUAGAUUAGAAUAUAGAGUAUUUUCUAUUGUCACCUUUUAGUUUCCAUCUUCUUUGUUGGCAUAGGCUGGACAGGAUUUCAUGGCUCCAAGGACUGCGUCAGACUCCAGUGUCUUGUGUUGUGCAUUGGGUCCUUUUUUUCAAAGCCCCAGCACUAAUAAGGUCACCAUGAAGCUUGCAAAAUUAAGAUCUUCAAUGAAGUGAGGCCUUAUUAGUGAAGGAAGUGGUUUUAUGCCAGGUGAUGAAUGCUUAGAGUAUGUAAGAAGGGGCUGGCGCAGGGUUCGUAUUGCAGAGGACAUACAUGGUUACAUGCAUUAUACUAGAGGGAGUGGAGCCAGAAAAAGAAAUAAAAAUGGCAGUGAUGAGUGGUCUAGAUGGACCCUAAACAUACGGUUAUUUUGAUAGAGAUUAUUCUAGAUCAAUAACUGAAAUAGAAACUUCAUCCUUAGCAAAAGUUCAGUAUCAAUUUUGGUCCAGUGGAUGGAGUUUUUGAAACUGGUCUCCCCCCAGCAGUUGUCAUGGAACAAUACUAGGCCUUAGUUUUUAAUUUUUUGUGUGUAUAGCUAUACUCUUGACAUUAUCAGUCUUAUAUGCUGUCAUCUCCUUUUGUGCUGCCAAAGCAUCAUUCUGUUUAACCAAACUAUUCUCCUUCAUAUUAGUAUUUUGAGUAUACAAGCCAAAAUUUGAAAAUGCUAAGGUGGGAUGAUUUUUUAGUUGGCUGAAGAAAUGCACUGAUGGCAAUGAGUACCCAUCAUGGGGCAGUUGUGUAUUUUUGUUGAAUCAGGUUAUCUGAUGACAUUGAGAUAAAAUUAUGUCACUGAAGAUGUUCGACUUAUUUAUCAACUUUUGAAGACUGAAAAUAACUUCAUCAAACUGAUGUCAGUCUUUUUCUACAACACUUGGAUGAAUGAAUGAAUGUGAGAUAUUUCCUCAGAAUUGAGAUUAUCUACAAUAAUUCUCAUAUCGACUGCAAAUGUAUAUUCAGAGAUUAUUUAUUAUGAUGUUUUAACUGUUUUGAAGUUAUUUUUUCAAAAGAACUGCUAGUCUCAUCACCUUCUUAUUUAUUAAUUACAAAAUUCUAUCCUAAGUCUUUCUUCAAAGCCAAAAUACUUUCAGAUUUUAACAAAGACCAUCAUAUAUAUGGAUUUAAAAGAGACACUUAUGGAUGAUAAGGCAGAGCUUGAAAAUAAUAUUUCAUCUAUCCAGACACAAGAAAAUACAGAAGAGGGAUCACACCAUUGUGAGAUAUGUGGGAAAUUAUUCACAAUAAGAAAGAAUUUAAUUCAACAUAAAUUUAUUCACUCAGAGAUACAACUGUGAAAACUGUGACAAACAAUUCACUAUGAGCAGUUCCUUAUUUCAGCACAAGCUUAUUCACACAGGAAAGAAACCAUAUCACUGUGAUAUCUGUGGUAAAACAUUCUCUGAAAGUGGUCAUUUAACUUCUCACAAACGUGUUCACACUGGAGAAAGACCAUACCGCUGUGAGAUCUGUGGUAAAAAUUUCUCUCAAAAUAGCAAUUUAUCUCUCCACAAAUAUAUCCACACUGGAGAGAAACCAUAUCACUGUAAUAUUUGUGGUAAAACAUUCUCUCUAAAUGGUAAUUUAUCAUCCCACGUACGUAUCCAUACAGGAGAAAAACCAUACCACUGUGAGAUUUGUGGCAAAGCAUUUUCCCAAAAUGGUAGUUUGUCUUGUCACAAACGUAUUCACACAGGUGAGAAACCAUAUCACUGUGAUAUCUGUGGCAAAACAUUUUCACACAACCAUAAUUUAUCUAAUCACAAACGUAUCCACACUGGUGAGAAACCUUACCAUUGUGAUAUCUGUGCUAAAACAUUCUCUCAGAAUAGCGUUUUAAGUACUCAUAAACAUAUCCACACAAGAGAGAAACCAUAUCACUGUGAUAUAUGUAAUAAAACCUUCUCUCAAAAACGUUAUUUGUUUUCCCAUAAACGUAUCCACACAGAUGGGAGAUCACACCAAUGUGAUGGUAGCUUAAUGAUAUGACAACUGGUCACUGAGAUGAAAAAUAAAAACCUACAUGGAAUAAAAUAUGUAUUUUUUUUUUUUCAUUCUGACAGAUUUACAAUAUGAUGUAGCGCCAUUCUUGUUGAACCUUGUUUUAUAUUAUUUGUAAAGCUCCAACAUCUUUAAAUCAGAGCUCACUGAAUCUUUCUUAGAUACUCUGUGUAUCUGUUACGUCAUACAUCAUGAGAUCAUGAUGUCACAUCUUAACGUAAAGUCACUUCCAUUACAUCUCCCAUCUUUACAAACAUUGCAAGGGAUUGGAACUUGAAUCAUCAACUUCAAAUAAAUUUAGUUAUAUAUUCAUUAUCAUUCUGAUAAAGCAACUUUCUUCAGAGUCCAUGAAUAUAUCUUCUUUAGAUUUAACUGUCCAUAAAUGAAUUUUUUUUUUUCCAUUAAGUAAAUAAUCUCUUUAACUUCUUUAAACAUGGAAAGAAUAAUGAAAUAUGCUUUCAGGCAAUUAACACAGUUCAACUUCUUUAACUUGAAAUCAAACACUUAACACAGUUCAUGAAUCUCUCUUUUCAUAGAGCACUUCUCGAAUUCAACAGUUCUUAAUAUCAAUCUCAAUAUUCUGGCAUGUUGAUUUUUCGUUUGGAUCUUGUAGUUUGAUUACAGAUAGUGUCUCUAGCCUCAGACUCAUCUGUAUCGUAGUCUCUUCACAUUCUCCAUUUGGCUAAGCUGUUGGAUUCUUAGCAGCUGUCCACAGAUGACAACGAUUUCAUCAAUACUUGUCUUCUAUCUGACGUCUGUUGGAUCUUGGUGCGUCAUCCACUGAUUUUUUUCAACUCCAGGCUUCCAUGUCUGAUUUCCUUGAAUCCUGACUUGCCGCCCAUGAGUUAAGUGAGGUAACUCUCUAAUACCUCUGUCGCUGUAGUAAUUUUACUGGUCUUGACGUGCUUUCAGCUGAUCAUGUAGCUGGUUCUUCUGUACUUGAGGUUUCAGCAAGGCAUCGGACACAGUUGAGCGACUUUUCAGACGCCUGCUCAUUAGCAUUUGAGCUGGUGAUAGAUUGACUAUGUCAACCGGUGUCUUUCUGUACUCAAGUAAAGCCAAGUAGACAUCUCAGGCACUGGCUUCUGCUUUCUUGAGCAGACUUUUUACUGUCUGAACUGUGCGCUCAGCUUGUCUGUUUGGGUGUGUCAGACUUGAUGUUGUGUGUUUGAAAUCCUUUUCUAGACCAAAGUUACGGAACUCUGCAUUCGUAAACUGUGGUUUGUUAUCUAUCAUGAGCUCACCUGGGAUGCGGUGUCUGGCAAAGACAGAUUUCACUGCCGUAACUGUCGUUUUACUUGAUAGGCCAGACAAUUUCAGGGUACUUUGAGAAAUAGUCGAUACACACCAGGUAGUCAAUGUUCUUAUACACAAACAAGUUGGCUCCGACUUUGGCCCAUGGUUGAUCAGGAAUUUCAUGGCUCUUCCAUGGUUGUUUCGGAUUACUCUUUCUAUUCUUGUUGCACACAGAACAUUGUGAUACAAAUUCUUCAAUUUGUACAGUCAUUCCUAGCCAGAAGCUAACUUCUUUGACUCUGAGUAUGCACUUUGUCACUCUGAAAUGAGCAUCAUGAAUUCUCUUCCAUAUUCCUGUUUGUAGUGUUGCAGGAACUACAACUUUGUCAGCUUUAAAGAUGAGGUCAUCAAUAAAAGUCAAUUCACCUCGACUAUUCCAGUAGUCUUUCACACUUGCUGAAACAUAUUUUCUAUUUUCUGGCCAUCUGCACAGAAUCACUGAUUUCAGCUGUUGCAGUUGUGGAUCUGCAAUCACUGGCAAUCCGGAAUUCACUUAACUUUCCUGAAGUUAUCAACAGUUGUGAUAUUAGCUCCCGCAUCACACUCACUUUCAUCAAACCAAUCAUUACUGGCUUGAAGAUAUGCCCUGCUCAAGGAAUCUGCAACAGUCAGUUCUUUGGAUGAUACUUCUGUAAACACAGCAACAUUCUCUGCAACCUGCUCAAGGGUUUCUGAAAUAUGAUUUCACGGGACUUGUGAUCAGUUUCUACUGUUUUUCCAUAGAUGUACUGAUGAAACUUCUCACAUCCAUGUAGGAUACCAUCUCUUUCUCAGUCUAUGCAUACUUCGUUUGCUCACUUGUCAGCAACUGCUAAAUUGAACGCUAUAGUCUUGUCAGCUUGCAUUAACACUGCUCCUAGCCCUUUGGAGCUUGCAUCCACUGAGAACAUGACUGGCUUUGUAACAUCAAAGUACUGUAGUACUGGAGACUCUGUCACUCUUUGUUUCAAAUUCUUGAAACGUGUUUGCUGCCUUCCUUCCCAGUGCCAUGCAAUGUCCUUCGGCAAUAACUCUUGUAGAGCUGCAAUUUUACUAGAGACACUUGGUAUGAACUUUCCCAGAUACUCUAUCAUAUCAUGGAAUCUCAUCAGAUCUGUUUUGUUUUCAGGCUCAGGCAUUCCUCGGAUAGCUUUCACCUUUCCAGGAUUUGGCUUCAGUCUCUUGUCAGUGAGUAGAUGCCCUACACAUGCGGCCUCCAUCAUUCUCUGCUUGCAUUUCUUUGCAUUCCAUUUCAGGCCACUUGACUGUAUUCUAUUCAGAAUGGCAUGCAGUCUUUCAUCAUGUUGCUUGACAUCUGUACCCCACACCCAGAUGUCAUCAACAAUACAUUCUGUGCCUGAUAAACCUUCUAGGAUCUGUGACAUUGUUCUUUGAAAUACCUCUGGCGCUGACUUCACUCUAAAAGGUAGUCAAGUGGAUCGGUAUCUACUGAAUGGAGUAUUGAAGGUACACAAUUUGGAACUAUUUUCAUCAAGUUGUAUCUGCCAAAAUCCAGACUCUGCAUCAAGAACGGAGAACAGUUUGGCACCUGGCAUUCGUGACAUAAUUUCCUCAACAGUUCUCAUGGCAUGCAUCCAAGUCCCUGGAACUGCUCUGGAUAUUCUCCCAGUAUGUCUGUAUUCAUUUUCUGAAUGCUGUGAACUCACUGAACCAACUUCAAUUUCUCACAGGGUUUCCUUCCCAGUAUACUUGGACAGUUUUCCUCCACAACCCAGAAUACUACUUCAUUCAAAGUGCCACUGAUUUCACUUGAUACUCUCUGUCCAAGUGAGAAUGACUUUUCUUCAAAGUAUGACACAAGUUUCACUUUUGAGUCGAACAUUGAUUUGGAAAUGAUAUUGCACUGUACACCUGUAUCCAGUUUGACUUCAGUGGUUUCUUGUAGAUUAAUAAAGUCUCAUACCUGUCUUCAUUAUUUUCAUCGGUGGUCAUCUGUCCAGGGAAUACUUCAAUUUUCUCUCUCUAGCGUCUCUACAUUUUACACAUGCUGGCAAAAUGAUGUUUACCACUGUAUUUGCCACAAACUUUUCUUGCAGCAGGACACUUGUCUUUAGCAUGUUUCUAACCACACUCUCUAUACUGAGAGUAUUUUUUUUGGUUCAACCUUUAGGUUCAUACUUCUUGGAUCCCUCCUGGCAUUCAUUUCAUUAAAUAUAGUUGAUUGUUCAUCAUUAAGAACUUUCAAUUGUGCUCUGAUUUCUGUAGCUCUACACAUCUGUACAGUUUUUUUUCCAAAUCAAGAUCAUGUUCUCAAUAACCGCGUUCUCAGGCUAUCACUAAGAAUUCCACAGACGAUUCUGUCUUUAAUGAGCCCUUCAUUCAAUGUCCCAAACUCACAAGUUCUAAAUUUAUUCUUUAAAUCUAUCAAAUACUGAUCAAUUGAUUUACCUGGUUUCUGAGAUUGUGUGAAAAAUGCAUGUCUCUCAAUAUUCAGAUUUUUCUUAGGUUCACAGAAUUCCCGAAACUUUUGUUUCACUUUGUUGUGAUUAUUGCUAUCCACUUCCUCACUCCACUCAAAAGUGCUAUACACUUGAACUGCAGCCUCUCCUACCACUUGUAGUAAAGUAGAAUGCUUCACAUUCUGUGAUUUUGUUGCAAUUCCAUUAGCCGUAAGGUAUAGUUCAAACCUUUGUUCUCGGCUAUGUUGCCUUUGAGAUUAAUCUCAUUCAGGCAAUUAUUCAAUCCCUCCUCUGACACCAUCUAAGUUAUGACAUGAUACAGGGCACAGCCAUUACUAUACAUAUUUCUUACAUCAUACAUCACAAACUUGUGAUGUCACACUUUGUGUGUACAUCUUAAUGUAAAGUCACUUUCAU